GGGAAGGAGGGAGGGAAGCGCCGGUCCGCCGAAGGGGUUCCCGGGACAAAGGCCGGCCGGAGGGGGCUCCAGGGGUCCGGCAUGGGGUCCCGGGGGGUCCCGCUGGGGCCCCUCCUCGCCCGCCUCGUGCUUCUCUUGCUGGGCUCCGAAGCAGCAGCAGCAGCAGCCGCGGUUCUGGGCAGCAGCAGCGGAGUGGACGCCGAGGCCUGGCUGCGCUUCUACGGCUACCUCCCUCCGUCCAGCCCGCAGAUGUCCACUCUGCGCUCGGCCCAGACCCUCUCGGCCGCCAUCUCCGAAAUGCAAGGCUUUUACGGCAUCCCCGUGACCGGCCUCCUGGACCACGAGACCGCCGCGUGGAUGAAACGGCCCCGUUGUGGCGUCCCGGACAAGAUCGGUGCCGGAGUCAAAGCCAACAUGCGGCGGAAGCGGUAUGCGCUGACCGGGCGGAGGUGGACACAGAGCCAGCUGACCUUCAGCAUCCAGAACCACACGGAGAAGCUGGGCCGCUCCGCGUCGCAGGAGGCCAUCCGGCGGGCCUUCCGGGUGUGGGAGGAGGCCACCCCGCUGUCCUUCCGGGAGGUGUCCUUCUCGGGGACGGAGGCGGACCUGGUGGUGCUCUUCGCCUCCGGCUUCCACGGCGACAGCUCCCCCUUUGACGGGGCGGGGGGCUUCCUGGCCCACGCCUUCUUCCCGGGGCCCGGCAUGGGUGGCGACGCCCACUUCGACCUGGACGAGCCCUGGACCCUCGAGAACGUCGAUGGCGCCGGGAACAACCUCUUCCUGGUGGCGGUGCAUGAGCUGGGCCAUUCCCUGGGCCUGGAGCACUCCAGCCACCCCAGCGCCAUCAUGGCCCCCUUCUACCAGUGGAUGGACACACAGGCCUUCCGCCUCCCGGACGACGACCUCCGCGGCAUCCAGCAACUCUACGGGGUCCCGGGGGGGCAGCCCCACCCCACGAAGGCGCUGCCCACGGCGGGGGUCCCGGACAAGCCCGCCCCGCGCCCCCCCCCUCGCCCUCCCCCCGGCCGGCCUGACCGACCCCCCAGACCGGGCAGCCCCGACCAGACCGAACCCAACAUCUGCGACGGGGACUUUGACACGGUGACCGUCCUGCGAGGAGAAAUGUUCGUCUUCAAGGGCCGGUGGUUCUGGCGCGUCCGCCACAACCGGGUCCUGGACAACUACCCGAUGCCGGUGGGCUACUUCUGGAGGGGCCUCCCUGGGAACAUUGACGCCGCUUACGAGAGGCAGGACGGCCGCUUCGCCUUCUUCAAAGGGGACCAGUUCUGGCUCUUCCGCGAGGCCAACCUGGAGCCGGGCUUCCCGCAGCCGCUGUCCAGCUACGGAUCGGGCCUCCCGUACGACAGGGUGGACGCGGCCGUCUGGUGGGAACCGACCGGACACACCUUCUUCUUCCGCGGAGACAGGUACUGGCGCUUCAACGAGGAGAGCUAUGCGACCGACCAGGGCUACCCGAGGAAGAUUGGCGUGUGGGCAGGGGUCCCUCCCACCCCAAAGGGGGUCUUCCUGAGCCCAGAUGCAGCCUACACUUAUUUCUACAAGGGCCGGAUGUACUGGAAGUUCAACAACGAGCGGCUGAAGACGGAGCCCGGCUUCCCCAAGUCCAUCCUGCGGGACUUCAUGGGCUGCCGGACGGAGGAGGAGGAGGAGGAGGAUGUCGACCCCGGACGGAGGCGGCCCGACUUCGCCCGGCCCCCUUUCAACCCAAACGGGCCGGAUCUGGACAAGGAAGGAGACGAGGAGGAAGAGCGAGUGGAUGCUCGCCCCGGGGUCAAGGAGGACAACGACGUCACAGCGGGGGAUUACAACGAUGGUGUGGACGGGGGGCGGCCGCGUGGCCCCAACGAUGUGGACAUUGUGUUGCACAUCAACGACUAUCCCUGGAGCCUGAGUGCCGUCAUGGCCGCCGUGUUGUUGCUGCUGCUGCUCUGCGUCCUGGGCCUGGUUUACGUUAUGCUGCGGAUGCAGCGCAAGGGACCGCCGCGCAUGUUCCUCUACUGCAAGCGCUCCCUGCAAGACUGGGUCUGAAUGGACAACGUUUUUUUUGCGGCGAGUCGAACAAGGAGGAGGUCGUUGUACGACUCCGGCCGACACGUAUUUCGGUGCCCCACGAUGUUAGGACAAAUGUGGAUCCUCCGGGUGUUUUGUACUUCAACUCCCACAGUUGGAAGUUUGCUAGAACCUGUUCCUUUGACAACCGAUUUGUCCAAAAAUGGCACCGUUUUAUCCUUAUCGGCUCUACUUUUUGAGAAACAGAACUUAUAUGCCAUAUCCAACAGACACUAGAGCUGAUUAGAUCUCUCCAAUGCAAUUUUGAUGAGAAGUUUUCCCGAGAAGCUAGAUUAGGCUUGAGAACAGAGGGAGUGAAAAAUAGACUAAUUCACAAGAAUCACAAGAUUCAAAAGAAUGACAAGAACUUGGCCUCAAAACCAAGACACAGCCUCAUUUUACCUACUUCUCAUCUUUCUCAAUUGCCUUUCUAAGACCCCUGCUGUGCUCUGUUUUGUUUAAUAGAGACUGGCAGAAUGAGUUUUAGAACAGGCCUGGGCCAACUUCAGCCCUCCGGGUGUUUUGGACUUCAACUCCCACAGUUGGAAGUUUGCUAGAACCUGUUCCUUUGACAACCGAUUUGUCCAAAAAUUGCACCGUUUCAUCCUUGUCGGCUCUACUUUUUUGAGAGACAGAACAUAUAUGCCAUGUCCAGCAGACACUAGAGCUGAUUUGAUCUCUCCAAUACAAUUUUGAUGAGAAGUUUUUCCCGAGAAGCUAGAUUAGGCUUGAGAACAGAGGGAGUGAAAAAUAGACUAAUUCACAAGAAUCACAGGAUUCAAAAGAAUCACAAGAACUUGGCCUUUUACCUACUUCUCAUCUUUCUCAAUUGCCUGUCUAGGACCCCUGUUGUGCUCUGUUUUGUCUAAUAGAGACUGGCAGAAUGAGUUUUAGAACAGGCCUGGUCCAAUUUCGGCCCUCCGGGUGUUUUGGACUUCAACUCCCACAAUUCCUAACAGCCUACCGGCUGUUAGGAAUUGUGGGAGUUGAAGUCCAAAACACCCGGAGGGCCGAAGUUGGACCAGGCCUGUGUUAGAGCCUGUUUCUGGGUCACUUGAACCACUGCAGAUUCCAGAAACGGCACCGGUUUUCUCUUAUCGGCUACCGUUUUUGAGAUACACAACUUAUAUGCCAGAUCCAGUCGCUCAUAGAAAACCAGGAGAACCUUAUCUUAAGACACGAGAGCUGAUGUGAUUUCUCCAAUGCAAAGAAUCACAAGAACUUGGCCUAAAACCAAGACACCACGGAAAAUAAUAAUGGUUGAGCUGCAUGAUGUACUACACAAGCUUUCCAGCAAUGCAGCAUCACUCGCAACGGGUUCGUGGAAGUAAAUAUUGUGUAGUUACUACAGCUCGACAGCUGCAUGAUGUGCUGCGGAAGCUUUCCAGCAAUGCAGAAUCACUCGUAAAGGGUUCGUGGAAGUCAAUCUGUAUCGACUAUUUACUACAGCUCAACUGAAAUCUCUUCUCCUGCCUCUCCCGCUGCCUGUAUCCCGAUGCUGGGAGGAUUGCGGAAGAUGAGUUUGUGCCUCUCUUUUUCUGCCUUUGUGCCUCGGCCGAGUUGGCGUCCUCAAAGAAGGUCCGACAUGUCACGGGAUGCUGGUCGUGAAUGAUGUAUAGUUUCCGAAUCACGACCUCCUUGAACCACUGUGCUCUGUAUGGCGAGUGUCCCAGAAGCAAGCAAAGUACAUCAGAAUCCUUUCACAGCAAAAACUUGCUUCAGCCCGUCUAUCAGCAGAGUCCAACUGCAAGCCUCUGACCUUAUCUCCACACUAGUAAACUCCUAGAUUCAGGUUUUCAUCCAAAAUAUCCAGAGACUUUAAUCUUCAGCUUUGCAAUAUACAAGGGUUGAAUGAAAAGUAAUGCCUCCACCUUCAUAAGUCCUCAAGAGAUGGCAGUCCUGGUCUGUGGCAGACUCUCCUCUACAGUUAGUUCCAUUUGGCAGGAAGCCUUAACAUUGAACUAUUGUGUUGUUGAAGUGCGAAGUAUGGAACCCUGCACAGACAGGGAAGCCUUAGCAUUGAACGGUUGUGUUGUUAAAGUGCGAAGUAGGGAACCCUGUGCAGACAGGGAAGCCUUAGCAUUGAAUGGUUGUGUUGUUAAAGUGCGAAGUAGGGAACCCUGUGCAGACAGGGAAGCCUUAGCAUUGAAUGGUUGUGUUGUUAAAGUGCGAAGUAUGGAACCCUGCGCAGACAGGGAAGCCUUAGCAUUGAAUGGUUGUGUUGUUAAAGUGCGAAGUAUGGAACCCUGCGCAGACAGGGAAGCCUUAGCAUUGAAUGGUUGUGUUGUUAAAGUGCGAAGUAUGGAACCCUGCGCAGACAGGGAAGCCUUAGCAUUGAAUGGUUGUGUUGUUAAAGUGCGAAGUAGGGAACCCUGCGCAGACAGGGAAGCCUUAGCAUUGAAUGGUUGUGUUGUUAAAGUGCGAAGUAGGGAACCCUGCGCAGACAGGGAAGCCUUAGCAUUGAACGGUUGUGUUGUUGAAGUGUGAAGUAUGGAACCCUGCGCAGACAGGGAAGACUUAGCAUUGAAC